AUGCCAACUGAAGCGAUUGACAUUAUAAUAGACUAUUUGAAUGUGAAAGAUCUACAAAAUCUUUCGCAAUCAUGUCGAAAGCUUCGUCGCGCGGCAAGGAUUUUUCAUUUUGGCGUUAAUCUGCCGAUUUGGAAAGACAUAACUAGCGAUUUAACUGUCGCCCCACCACUUUCAAAUUAUCGUGAUGGUGUCCUCAUUGAUGGCAAGUUCUAUAUUGUCAUCCUGGCUGAAAUUGUACCUAUAUGUUGGAUCUUGGAUUUUACGCAAAAUACAAUCGGAUGGAUGCAAGUUCCUCUUUUAAUUAUGAAUCGUGAAGAAUACCAUCCUAUUAGAUCUACUGCUGGUGCCGCAAUAAAAAAUGACAUUUAUAUGUUCGGUGGUGAAAGUAGAUUAACGGGAAAACCUACCAACAUAAUGUAUAAGCUAGAAAUAAAGACCAUGAAAUUAUUUAAAGUUAUUGUGAAUGGCGAUAGUCCUACUCCAAGGCUAAUGCACUCUCUGGAUUCUGUAAAUAGCGGACAUAUAAUACUUUUUGGAGGACGUUGUAUGACGCAUGGGAAUAAACUUUAUGACACAAAAGACUUUUUCAUUUAUAGCGUCUAUAAAAAUAUGUGGAUCAAGUACGAUCAGACCUCUAGUCUUCCCUCUCCAAGGUCCCUCCAUAAUAGUAUUGCAAUCAAUGGAAAACUUUACAUUUAUGGCGGUCAACAUAAUACUUUACGUUCUAAUUCCCUUAAAACUUCGAUUCACGAUGACGAAGAUAUUUGGGUCUUUGACAGUUAUAAAAAUACUUGGCAUAAAUACCUUGCACCAAAUCCAUCGUUUUUAUGUCUCCCGAAGGAAUGGAUACCGACAACCGGUAUAGGCCCUGGUAAAAGACGCGGUGCAUCCAUCUUUAUCUUACGCCGUAGAAUCAUUAUUUUAGGUGGAUCGAUAGAAUGUAAGAACAUAGGUGAAAAUGAAAAAACUGGGGAAUACAUGAAUAUAUUUUGCCCUUUAAAAAAAACUUGGAGACACGUUAAGGUAGAUGGCAUGCCGCGCCUAGAAUGCGUUGCAAUAAGAUGUCGAGAAAAUGGCGUUUUUAUCAUUGGCAAAAAUCGUGACGCGAAAAUCGUUAUGGGUUGGAUAAUAGAUUAG